GGCGGGAGGGGGCGGUGUCCGCGGAGACGCGUCAGCCGCCGCCGCGGGUCCCUCCCCUCCCGUCCCGUCCCGUCCGUCCGUCCCUCCCUCCGGCAGCCGGGGCCCCGCGGGGAGCGGCGCGGCGCGGCGGGGAUGAGCCGCGCCGCCUCGCACCCACCGUAGCGGCGCGGCCGCCUCCGCCAUGAAGCGGAAGAGCUGGGCCGAGGCGCGGCGCCGCGCGGCCCCGCCGCCGCCGGCUCUGAAGAGAACUCGGAGCGCGGCGCAGAGGGCGGCGGCGGCGGGGGGCGAGGCGGAGCGGCGGCAGCCGCCCCCCGCCGCCCCGGAGACCUGCGUGCAGCUCGCCGAUCGCCUUCAUUUUGCAAUUCUCUGCCAAAAACCAAAGAGCGGAGCUGCAAAUACCCAUUAUUUCUGCAUAGAUGAUGAACUUGUAUAUGAGAACUUCUAUGCAGAUUUUGGACCACUCAAUCUGGCAAUGGUCUACAGAUACUGCUGCAAACUAAAUAAGAAAUUAAAGUCAUUUUCAUUGAUAAGGAAGAAAAUAAUUCAUUAUACUGGCUUUGAUCAGAAAAAGCAAGCAAAUGCUGCAUUCCUCAUAGGCUCUUACGCAAUAAUAUACCUGAGAGAAUCCCCAGAAAAUGUGUACAGGCUUUUAUUGGCUGGAAACAUUUCAUAUCUUCCCUUCAGGGAUGCUUCAUUUGGUACUUGCAGUUUUCAUCUAACAUUGCUGGAUUGUUUUCAUGCAAUAAAUAAGGCUUUGCGGUAUGGUUUCCUGGAUUUCAAUGUGUUUGAUGUAAAUGAAUAUGAGCAUUAUGAGAGAGCAGAAAAUGGAGAUUUUAACUGGAUAAUACCAAACAAAUUCAUUGCCUUCAGUGGACCUCAUUCAAGAAGUAAAAUUGAAAAUGGCUAUCCCCACCAUGCUCCAGAGGCUUAUUUCCCAUACUUCAAGAAACAUAAGGUCACAACUAUAAUACGCCUCAACAAAAAACUAUAUGAUUCCAAACGAUUUACAGAUGCUGGAUUUGAGCAUUAUGAUCUCUUCUUUGCUGAUGGAAGCACACCUAGUGAUACUAUAGUAAAAACAUUUCUAAGUAUUUGUGAAAGUGCUGAAGGUGUUAUAGCCGUUCAUUGCAAAGCUGGUCUUGGGCGAACUGGCACACUUAUAGCCUGUUAUAUUAUGAAGCAUUACCGGAUGACAGCUGCUGAAACUAUUGCCUGGAUUAGAAUAAAUAGACCUGGUUCAGUGAUUGGACCACAGCAACACUUCCUGAUGGAGAAACAGGCAGAGCUUUGGACAGAGGGAGAUAUUUUUCGUGCAAAGUUGAAGGAAAAUCGUAACAUUGCUGUAACAAAAAUCCUAUCAGGAGUAGAUGAUAUUUCAAUUAACGAUACAAAAAACAGGAGAGCCAGCCGAAAGGACAUUGAACUGUACAGUGAUGAAGACGAAACACACUGUAUAACGCAAGGUGAUAAACUUCGUGUUCUGAAAAGCAGAAGGCAGGCAAAAGCUACAACCACAUCUCCACUAACAUGGCUCCUAGCUAUGCUGGUGUCUACACUGUGUAGCAUUGUCAUCUGGUGGAUUGUAUGUGGCUCCCUUCUUCCCAGCCUGCUAUUCUGUCUAGAUGGUUUAAGAACGUAGUAACCAUCAGGACCCCCUGAGAGAGAGCCACUGUCAGCCAGUCCAUCCCAAGGACUAGAACAGUAUUGCGUUAAAUUUCAAAUAAGCAACCAGUGUUGAAGAGACUAUUCAGGAAUGAAAGGGAUAUCACUAGAAAGGAUUUAAUGCAAUUCAAAAAAGAAGAUGCUUUGGCUCCAUUUUUCGGCAAAGAUUAAACAGUAAAUCUUGUUGGAUUUGUAGAAUAAAAUGAACUGUCAACAUGCUUAAUAGACAGCUUCCUAAUGUUCUAAACACUUCCUCAAACAAAACCAACAAAAUCUGUGUAAAUUUGGACUCAGGUGUAAAUACGUAAGCUCUCUAUUAUAAAGAGGACUUGCUAGUACAUAUGAUGCAUGUGUAUAAAUUGUGAUGGCAAUCACUUAGUUGCUGACCACCAGAAGUGAAAAGUAGGUGGGAGCUUUUAAAAUAUUUAAAUCUGUGUUGUCCAUUCAGAUUGGGCUUGGGCUGAAGUCUCCAAUAGAGAGUGAAACCCCACCGCGAGAUCUUUAUUCUUAUAGUGUGGGUACUCUCUUAUGUUAAUUGGCUGUCUUUUGUAUUUUGUAUGAAGUAUUUUUAUGAAGCUGUCAUGUUGAGUGUAUAAAAUAAUUAUCAUCCACCAAAGAGUGCUUUAUUUUCAAGAGUUGUGUAUUUUCUUUUUUAAACUUAACUAAAAGCAAUUAACUUGUUUUGUUUUUAAUAGUAUUAUGUUUUACUUGUUCACAACCAGUGGCUAUUUUAACUAGUUGUAAUUGCUUUAAAUCUAGUAUGAUUGUAAAGAGGAGGAAAAACAACAGUUUACCAUUUAAAGCAGUGCUAUCAUACUGAAAUGUCAUUAUUAUUUCCUUUCCUGUUUGUAAGUGUAUUUUGCUGAAACCCUACUGUACCUAAAAGGUAAGAAUUUUUUCCGGGUUUUAUUGGUACAUUUGAUAACACUGAACACCACUGUUAGCUUCUGUUGACACUCUGAGUGCAACUCACAAAAAAGGAAAAUAAGAUUGCAGAACCACUGAAACUGGGAGUGGAAUUCAGUGGCAGGUAUAGGCCAUCAUGUUAAAACAAAUUAUUUCAAAACAAGUGUUUAACAUCUGAUUAACACUUCAAAAACUACAGCUUACCUCUGUUAAAAAGGAAUGUAGUUUUUAGAGGAAUCUGAGACUUAAAUUUUCUCCCACUAUAAGACUUCAAACACACACUGGCAGCCUUUUUUCCCCUACCCUUUUUCACCUUGUGAAAGGUGAACUUACUCCUCAAUGAUGAAUCCUUGUCUGCCAACUUUAAGUUUAUAUCUCUGCAUAUCCCUCAGACUAGAUCUGUUACCACAUAGCCUUAAGUAGAAUACACUUAUCUAUUUGGUGAUGGUUGUAUUAGAGAGCAGUAGAAAUGGAGAGAUCUGGAACGUUUUAGCAAUAGACUACUAUCUGACGUUUUUAAAGAUAUAUCUAUGACUUUGGGAAGGACGGGGGGAUUUUCUUUCUGUGAAUGUAAGUAAGUGGGCAAAUUCAGCUAGAUCCAGUAUACGUCCUUUUCUUUUCUCUCAAAGAAAUUAAGAUUCCUAGUAGCAGGCUGGUGAGAAAUGCACACUGAUAGAUCUCUUUGAUUGAAUAGAUCUCUUUGAUUAGGCAGAACAUAAUGAACUGAAACAUGGACAGGGUGUGGAAUACAUAGGAGAUUGCAAGUAGGAUCUUUGGAUUUAACUUUGCAAAUAUGAAUACAAAGAAAAUGCAAAAGACUUGAAUGAUGCAAAAAAAUAAACAACCAGUAAGACUUGGAGCCAAGAA